AACUAACUAUCGGCGGCACUUCAAAAUAGGUUAAAUUUCUUUUAAUUUGAAGUAUAAUGCCUUUAUUUUAUAAUCUUUAGUGGCUCCACAAAUAAUUGUUGUGAGUGCGUACAAUUUUCCUACAGACACUGAUUAUCUUUUCUUGAUUUCAAUACUCCUCCUUCCUCGUGUGGAUGAAGGAGAGAAAAGGUCAAAAAGCAAGAAGCUGUUUCCAAGUUCCAAGUCACUUUCAUGCAUCUCAUAGAUCUUGAAUUGAAACUGUAAUCCAUUCAACAAGGAAACUUUUCAAGAUUUUGAGAUUUGGGUGUCCUGUUAAGUACAACUGUACAAAGGAAGAGGAGAUGAAGAUUACCAUCAAUGGAUCAACCAUGGUACGCCCAGCUCGAGACACGCCAAAUCGACGCCUGUGGAACUCGAAUUUGGACCUGGUAAUAUCCAGGUAUCAUGUUGCCUUGGUGUACUUCUUCUACAAAUCCGAUGGUUCUUCCAAUUUCUUUGACACCCAAUUGCUUAAGGAGUCUCUGAGUAACCUUCUCGUCCCGUUCUAUCCCAUGGCUGGGAGAUUGGGAUAUGAUGAAAAUGGAAGACUCGAGAUAGUCUGCAACGCUGAGGGAGUAUUAUUCAUAGAGGCUGAAACUGCUGCUCCCAUAGAUGACUUGGGCGAUUUUGCACCGAGUUCGAAACUUCGGCAGCUGGUUCCAACAGUCGACUUCUCUGGAAAUAUCUCUUCUUUUCCACUCGUUUUGUUACAGGUGACAAGCUUCAAACAUGGAGGGGUUAGUCUUGGUGCUGCAUUUCAACAUACUUUGGUGGAUGGGUCAUCAGUCUGUUAUUUCAUGAACAGUUGGUCUAACACAACCCGAGGCUUAUCCAUUACUGUUACCCCAUCCAUUGACCGCACCCUUCUCCGAGCCCGGGUGCCAUCAGCUCCUGCAUUUCACCAUGUCGAAUACGAUCAAUCUCCUCCCUUGAACACAUCUAUUUCAGCUCUGAAUUCUCAAGUUGGUCCUAAACCUUCAUCUACUUCUAUUUUCAAAAUCACUGCCGAUCAGCUGAAAACCUUAAAAUCCAAGGCAACCAUGAAUGGCAACACGACAAAAACAAAUCGUACCACAUACGAUAUCCUGACUGCACACGUAUGGCGUUGCGUGUGCAAAGCUAGGGGCCUCUCGGAUGAUCAAGCAACCAAGUUGUACAUUCCAAUCGAUGGACGGUCCAAACUACAUCCACCUCUCCCACCAGGCUACCUUGGCAACGUGAUCUUCAUAGCUGCAACGACUGCUCUAUCAGGUGACCUCCAAUCCGAACCAUUUGCGGAUACAAUACAAAGAAUCAACAGAAUGGUAAAACGGAUGGACGACAAGUAUAUGAGAUCAGCUCUUGACUACAUAGAAAGUGUACCUGAUAUGAAAACUCUUAUGCGAGGAGCACAUACUUUUCAGUCCCCGAACCUUUCUAUCAAUAGCUGGAUGCGGCUUCCGUUAUAUGCUGCAGAUUUCGGAUGGGGUCGCCCCAUGCACGUGGGGUUGGCAAAUGUAAUCCACGAAGGAAAGAUAUGUAUAGUACCAAGCCCGGUUGAUGAUGGGAGCUUGUCGUUGGUGGUAUGCUUGGAGACAUCCCAUAUGAAACAGUUUGAGAAGUGUCUUUAUGAUUUCUUACUGCCAUUUGCAAAACUAAAUGCUCGUUAUUAAUUUGUUUUCCCUAGUAUACUGUAACUUUGAGAAGCUCCUUUAUAUGAUUUCUGUAUUUCUGUUAAAUCCAUGCUUCUGCAAUAGAGAUUUCCUUUCACUGAU